AUGUACGAUGGAGUCCUCCGACUGAACCUACCAGAAGGCACUACGAUAGUAGGGUUCGCCGACGAUGCGGCCAUCGCAGUAGUGGCCAAGGACCUCGUAGCAACGGAAGCAGCGGCCAACGAGGCUAUUCGAGCCGUGGAGACGUGGCUCGACCUAGCGGGACUGCAGCUGGCAGCGCACAAGACGGAGGCCGUCUUGUUCAGCAGCAGGAAGAAGGUGGUCUCCAGCUACAUGCGAGGUGCCGAGGCAACGCAUCGACUCUGCGCCAUCAGGAUUGCCUGCGCGCUUAAAACGGUCUCCGACGACGCAGCCCUUGUCAUUGCGGGACUGAUCCCGAUUGUGGAGCAGGCAAGGAAAAGAGCAGCGGCGCAUGAGCUGACCCUAGCAGGACAGGUCGAUACGAGAGAGGCGAGGGAAGCACGAAGGCAGGAGAGCAUCCGCAGAUGGCAGGCGAAGUGGGACUCCUCAACGAAAGGUCGCUGGACCCAUAAAUUGAUUCCCGACCUUAAGGCGUGGAUAGAUCGGAAGAACGGUCAGGUUGACUUCCACCUGACCCAAAUCCUCAGCGGUCACGGCUGCUUCCGGUCAUACCUGAAGCGCUUUGGGCAUGAAACCGAAGACUGGCUGGAGGUGGCACUAGGCACCAGAGUCAGCGCAGAGGGAUUAGUCCGCCUGAUGGUCUCGGACCCUGAGGCAUGGGACGCCAUAGCGCAGUUUGCUGCUGGCAUCAUGCGGGAGUUCCGAGGAGCAGAAAGAGAAAGGAGAGCGACGGUGGAUUAA